AUGAACUACUCCAAUGGCUACGGCCGUCCCCAGGCUGGUUUUCCGCCCGGAAUAUACGCCCAAAGCCCACGGUCUUCAGCCUCUGCCAUGAUGGAGCGCGUCAAACCAUCGCAUUUGGCCCCAAUAUGGCUUUCAUGGGAGUCUCUCGCGCUCACUUCUUCGAACUUACCCCUCAACGUAUCUACACUCACUCUUUGGAAGUCCUUCAGUACCUGUGGAACUGUCGAUUUCAUUGAAUUGUUCGAGGACAAUCGUGGCAAUAGAGAAGGAAGAGCUAGAAUUCGUUUCAAACCGCCACCAAAGGAGCGUUUCUGGCUCGACGGGCGGCAUAUGCUGGAGCUAGACGAUGGCCAACGUAUCGUUAUUCCUGUCCGUGUUGAUACCUUCAGACGGAGAAAGGAAGUACCCAGCCCAGUGGACCCGAAUACCCUCUAUCCUCUAGAUCUCGAAGCUGUGGGUAGAUCUUUGGACAUUGGCUGCCUUUCCGGCCCUCAAUCCAUGCUCACAAUGAGGACAAUCACCGCCAGCUUCCAAGAUCAUAUUCGCUUCGUUGCAAAUUUGCAACGUCGAGAAAUCAACAUCUUCUUCCAGAUGACGAAACUGGAUGCUCGUUCAUCUAUUGGCUCUCCACCAAUAAUUCAAAACUACCGUAUCCGCAUCCCAUUUGUCCACCUCUCGCGUAUUCAGCGUAUAUCCGAGGGCGAGGAAGUAUCUUUUAUUAUCUCAUUAGAUUCUCCGCCAUUAUAUCACCGGAAAUUACAAGAUGUUACGUCAACUUUCUCCGAGACUGAAAAUAUGUGGCGGUCUGACGAUACUUGGUACCGCCAAACUGAUAUCGUCCACAACCCAGAAGAUCUGAUACAUGCCAAAACUAGCCUUAGAAAGGCCCAGCCUGUCAUCAAUAUUGGGCGUUGGACAACCUUUAGACUCACAUUCCACCUCCCCGACGAGGAUAAUGUUAAGAAUCUAAAAACGCUUAGCAAGAUCCUGAAGGACUUCAAUGUCGAGGUCAUCGACGUUAACGAUUUUACGUUUGAGAGACAGUCCCCCACAGCGCCUCUUGCAUGGCGGUGGAUUGAUCCUCCUUCCACUUAUGCGUCCAAACGUACCUCAUCACUCGAGGAUCUCGCAGAGAACGAAUAUACCCAUAUUUCAUAUGCCGUGCGGUACCAACUUGAAGUAUGCAUUUCUCAUGGCUACCUAAGCGAAUAUACCAUAAACCAGGAAUUUGCCAAACGACUUAAAUCCCUUGGAGAACGCGAUGCUAGAGAUUUACUAGAGUAUAUCGCCCAUGAAAAAGUUGUGUAUAAUGACCCAAUGAAGAUAUUUAAUAUUGAGUUCUUCUCUGGUGUCACCAAUCGAAGAAUCCCGAAAUAUUGUUGUUACAUGCGAUCAGCAACUGUGACCCCCUCCACGAUCUAUUUCCACACGCCUACAGUCGAUACAUCCAAUCGUGUCAUAAGGCACUACAUUGAGUAUGCAGACCGGUUCCUUCGCAUUCGCUUCACAGAUGAGAAGUAUGAAGGGAGAAUUAAUUCAACCUACAACAAUUGCAUGGAUGAGGUAUUCACACGCGUAAAGCGGACAAUGACGAAUGGAAUCACCGUAGGAGAUCGACACUACGAAUUCCUGGCCUUUGGAAACUCUCAAUUCCGAGAACAUGGUGCAUACUUCUUCGCGUCCUUGCCCAACCUUACUGCCGCCAACAUUCGCGCAUGGAUGGGUCAUUUCAGUGAUAUCAAGAUCGUUGCAAAGCACGCUGCUCGAUUGGGUCAAUGCUUUUCAACUACGAGAGCAGUCACUGGCUGUCCAGUGACUGUCCGAGAAAUUGAUGAGAUUGAGCGUAAUGGGUUCACAUUCUCAGAUGGAGUAGGCCGUAUAUCCAAAUUCCUGGCACAGAUGAUUAUGACUGAAUUUAAGCUGCGAACACCGUCCGAGGAGCCUCCCUCAGUAUUUCAGUUUCGACUUGGGGGUUGCAAAGGAAUUCUUACUGUCUCUCCCGAGGCUCAGCGCCGAGAAGUUCACAUCCGGAAAAGUCAGUAUAAAUUUGCAGCAGUUCACAAUGGUCUCGAGAUAAUUAGGCAUUCUCAAUUUGCGAAUUCUAGUCUUAACCGUCAACUCAUUGUGGUUUUAUCGGCACUGGGGGUGACAGACGAUAUUUUCAUCAAAAAGUUACGCUUAAUGCUUGAGAAUCUACAAGCUGCAAUGACAAGUGAGACGAAGGCGAUGGCUUUACUCCAAAAAUAUGUUGAUCCCAACCAGAUGACCAUUUUAAUUGCACACAUGGUCCACGACGGUUUCCAGGCUUCUCGCGAUCCAUUCCUUACAUCGCUACUGGAGUUGUGGCGUGCAUGGCAAAUCAAAUACCUCAAGGAGAAAGCAAAAAUUGUCAUCGAGGACGGAGCUUGCUUAUUUGGCUGCCUUGAUGAGACUGCAACAUUGAAGGGCUAUUACGAGAAGAAGCGCCCUGCAGCCGAUGCAACCUACGAGGAGAGAUUAGAUCAUCUUCCGGAAAUUUUCGUGCAGGUGUUCCGUGCUGAAGAAGAGAAGAAAUAUACCAUCAUCGAAGGGCCGUGUAUUCUGGCGAGAAAUCCUUCGCUGCACCCAGGAGAUAUACGUGUUGUUAGAGCCGUCAAUGUCCCGGCACUCCAUCACCUAAAGGACGUUAUCGUUUUUCCGCAGACUGGUGACCGCGACAUUUCAAGCACAUGUUCAGGUGGUGAUUUAGAUGGUGAUGACUACAUCGUCAUAUGGGAUCAAGAUCUUGUACCAACGCCUAAAGAUUGGUUCCGCGAACCGAUGGAUUAUACAGCAUCUAACGCCCAGAGCCUGACCCGUGGUGUCACUGUCAAUGAUAUAACUUCGUUCUUCGUCACCUAUAUGAAGAAUGACCGCCUACCACAAAUUGCCCAUGCGCACCUUGCCCUUGCGGAUUAUUUGGAGGACGGAGUAGACGAUGAAAGAUGCAUCCAGCUAGCGCAGCUACACUCUGCAGCUGUCGAUUACAACAAGAGCGGAAUUCCAGCUAACAUGUCUAGGGACCUGGUUCCAAGGAAGUGGCCACAUUUCAUGGAGAAGAAGUACAAACCGAAAGAAGCGCAAUAUCAGUCGAAGAAGAUCCUCGGUCAACUUUACGACAUCGUCGAACGCGUUGACUUCCGGCCCAAGCUAGAAGCCCCCUUUGAUGAGCGUAUCCUCAACUGCGAAAUUGCUGUCAGCGAAGAUAUUUUAAAGAUUGCAAAGAAGAUGAAGGUUCUUUACGACGCUGAUAUGCGUAGGAUUAUGGCACAGCACGAAAUUAAAACUGAGUUCGAAGUUUGGUCGACCUUCGUGCUGGGGCACGCGAACAUGAGCAAGGACUAUAAAUUCCACGAGGAGCUUGGACAGAUCUCGUCUGCACUACGCGACCGCUUUUUAAAGAUGUGUCACGAUGAAGCAGGCGGAAAAGAUUUCCAGCAUCUUGCUCCUUUGGCAAUUGCAAUGUAUAGGGUGACAGCUGAGCAGGUGGCGAACGCUUUGGGCAAAGGAGAACCCUUCGAGGGGCCUAGUGACAUCCAUGGUACCAAAAGGGAGUACAGGCGUCCUAAUGAUGACCAGUUGCCUCUGAUCAGUUUUCCCUGGGUACUUCACCAUGUGCUUGGAAAGAUCGCCAACCGCCACUUCGAUGAUACAGGAAUCAACGACGCCGGAGGAAAAUUGGCAACGUGGUCCUCAAAGGCCUACGAGCAAUCGAGAAUUCGACGAACUCAGGGUGUUGAUGACGCUUCACAUGACGUCGAAACGGCUGGAGGAAUACAGCAUGCUGGGGAAGUUUUAGAACUCUUCCAGGAGGACUUGGACUUCGACCCCUUUGGCGGUCUUGGGGAUGCAUUUGAACCAAAUGAAGUGGGCAAAGAAACAAAGGGUCCGACAAUCAGCAUAGAGACAAACAGGACAGUGCCACAAUUAGACACAGAGCACUCCGAUAGCUUAAUCGACUUGGAUGACGACAUACUCACCCCCACGACUCCCUCCACACUAGAAUCAACAAGCCGACGAGGGUCAGUCCCAAUCGAGGAGGGUUCGAGUCUACUGGAUAUUUGCGAUGAAACCUCUCCAGUCAUAUCUCCCGAGCAAGAAGUUACGCAGUCAAAUAUCCAAGCAGUGCCCUUGCAACCGCAGGACCAGAAGAGUCAAUCUUCAUUGGCAAAGAUGGACACAGUACCUUCGUUCCUCGAUGCCACCAUCGAGGGCGAAGUGCUGUUCGAAGACGAAGAAGUGGAGGAAAUCAUGGAUGAGAUGAUGGAGGACGAUGGUGAUGUUAAUCCGUCUGCACGUCGAGGAAAUAUUGAUGGCCUAGAAGGCGACGUUGGGCUUGAAGGGGGAGAUAAUGAGGGCAGAGCUGCUAAAAAGCGCAAGGUUGUGCUUGUUAGCUUCCUACGUGGAUGGGAGUUCUGGAGAGCAGAAGCAAGGAGGGUGGGCCUCGAUUUGAAUAAGCUAGUUAGAGAGGGAAGAUUCUCGUUCGUCGACGGAGUAACAGAUCUAUUCUCUCCUGUGCUUGCACCACAGUCGCCGAAGCCUAUAGUGCCAGGAGGAGCGUUGGCUCCCUUGUCCCGACCUCGAAAAAGCUCAGUCUCAUCGCCGUCUUUUCCAUUGCCAGAUAGAACACCUCCAAGCCCAUCACAAGCUUCUCGCGCCCCUAGGCCAGGCCAUAUAUCUCUAUCUGGACGAGUCAACCCGUUGCUUGCUCGCCCAACCCCUCCUACGCCUCCUAUUUCUGCCACACCUUCUACAACAUUUGCUUCAAAUACACCGACUUCCGGAGGUGACAGUCACCGGAAUCCGAAUACAAGAACGCUCCGUUGGGCAGCCACUCCGGGAAACGAUGGUGGCCUGGAUGGAGUCGAGAAGGUCAUUGCCUCUGCAAUAGAUGAUCUCUGCAGAGGACAGAUGAAUGGGGAUAGGUCUGAACAAGCUGGAGAGGAUGAGGUCCUUCUUGUUCUCGACCAGCCGGAUUUUCUACUUGCCGCAACAGGCUCUAGUAUGCGUGUUGGUGCCACUGAGAUGGGCGAAUUGAUCAUGGGAUUGAGACGUCUCGUCCAUUCUACGAUAGUUACUGUGGCGGCUGAUUCACCACUUAUGCACAGUUCCCAACAGCCCACGCCGUUGGAGAUAGAACACUCGGCAUUAGUAGUUUCAUUAGCCCACCAAGCACAGAUGGUUCUGCAGCUGAGAGGGCUAGACACCGGCGUGGCGAGGGAUGUUAGUGGAGUGUUGCGUGUGAGCAAAGGGGGGCCGUUGGCAGAUACAGAUACCCUUAAGAACGAGGAAGGUGGAAGCUGGGAAGAGAGAGAAGUUCUGUACUUCGUCCAGGGGGACGGAUCAGUGAAGGUAUUCGGGCGUGGUGAAUAG